AUGGAUGAGAUAAGAGAAGUUGCAAAGGCCUACUACCAUGGGAGGGGAGAACAAGAGAAAGAGCUGGCGCGACAGUUCUUCAAAUCCCUGGAUGAAGACAACAACAACGUUGUCUGCCUCCAGGAGUACAAGAAGUACGUGAAAUCCUCUCUCUCGAGUGAUGACGAGGUUUUCGGGCUAUUGGACAAGAACGGGGACGAAACCCUAGACUUCAACGAAGUGCUGGCCCUUUAUUACAUGGAUAAAGUCUCCAUUCCUCGGUGCAAGGUAUGUGACAAAUUGCUUCUAGCUUCCUACUUUUCGUGCUUGCGUUGCCUAGGGAAACCCUCGUACAACGUCUGCUGCGACUGCUACGGUGGAGGGAGGUACGAGCACCACCACGCCUCCGGUGAGUUCGCAGAUACAAGAGCGUUGCUUAUGAUGUUGGAUCAGAUCAUGGAGAAGGCUGAUCAUGUUCCAAAAGCUUGUGAGGAGGAUCCAAAUAAUUGUGAGGCCGAGCUUCUGCCGCUUCGGUUGUUGGUAGAUUUCCGGUGGUCCAACGAGAUCGGCGCCGGCGGCCAUGAUUCUGAGAGGAGCGAAGGUUUUUGA